CCAUGAAGUUGCUACAGAACUUGCCUCUUGUCCUCGGAGUGUUGGGUGGCGCCUCCUGCGAGGUAGUGAAGCGAUGGGCUCCAGAUCCAAGUACCGCAGUUAAUGCUACGGCGGGAGAAAUAGUGGGAUACACAGAUUACGAAGAAGGUGUCAGAGUGUACCGAGGGAUACCCUUCGCACGUCCGCCUAUUGGAGACCUGAGAUGGGAAGCACCGCAGAAGGCGCCACCUUUCAAUGCCACAUAUAAUGCGACCGACUUUAUAGGACGAUGCCCCCAGAUUGAGAGCGGUGCACUUGUGCCAGGGUCGACGGACGAGGAUUGCUUGUAUUUGAAUGUGUAUACUCCCAUACCACAAGAUGGAAAAAACAGCACUGGCUUGGCCGUCGUAAACUGGAUCCAUGGUGGUGGCUUCGCAGUCCAAGAUGCAAGCGAGUUCAACGCCACAAAACAAGUCGUGGAAGGGAACCUCAUUUAUGUGACCUCGAACUAUCGGCUAUCCGUCUUCGGUUUCCUAGGUUAUCCCGAACUAUCCGAAGACGAUAUAUUCAACUUCGCGAUGCUAGAUCAACAGUUGGCCAUGCAAUGGAUCCAGGAUAAUAUCGCUGCCUUCGGUGGUGAUCCCAACAGAGUGACCAUUGGCGGUGAAUCAGCCGGAGGAAUAUCCGUCAUAUUGAACCUCGCCUCACCCAGCAGCGCAGGUCUAUACCACCAAGGAAUCGUCGAAAGUGCUGCUCCCUUGCUCGUUAAAUCGUAUCUUCCAGCGGUCAACAGUACCUACAACAUCACGACUGGCCUCGGAGCUGCCCUGAACUGCACGGACGAGUCGGUGCUGGUGGCUUGUCUGCGUAAUGCUAGUGCUGCAGACGUUUUGAACGCGUCGACUUCAUUUGCUUUCACCCCAGGAUACGGCGAUGUGGUCGUUCCAUUGUCGACGAAUGAAGCUUUCACGACUGGAGAGUUCGUCAAAGUCCCGUUGCUCAUCGGUGGCAAUCGAGAUGAAUUCACGCUCUUCAUAGCGAGUGCCACCACGGCCGGUCCAGGUGCAAAUGUAACCCUCGAGAGCUACAACGCUACGCUCGAAGCUACUUUCGGCGUGAAUGCCUCGUUGGUGUAUGCCGCUUUUCCGCCCGGCGAUACUCAGCUCAGCCUCAAUCUCGCGGAGGCGAGUAACACACCCGCCGCAGCCCUAACAGCAUAUGGCAGCGUCCUCUCCCUCUGUGGUGACCUCUUCGGCUGGCAAGCCCUCUCGCAACACACGACCGUCUACGCCUUCGAAUUCCGAGACCGUUCCAAUCAUUGGGGCAAUCCUCCCUCCGACAUCAUACCGCCGGAAUAUACGGGUGCGUACCACUCGGGGGAGUUGGAUUAUUUGUUCAAUUGGAGUCCGGAUCCGUGGGAGUUGACGGGGGAGCAGAAGGUGUUGAGUGAGGCGAUGAGAGCUUAUUGGGAGGCGUUUGUGAAUGGGGGAGAUCCGGGUGUCGUGCAGGGGAGAGUUGUGGGUGGGAAUACGACGAUUCCUGCGUGGCCCAAGUUUGCGGGCGACAAUUUCGCGCAGGGUUUGGACAUCCCUUCUGCGGACUGGAUCGGACCAGUCGAUGUGAGCGCGGAGCAUCAAUGCGAUCUGUUCAAGUCUUUCGGACCCGGAUAUACUUCAUGACUGAAGUCUUUCCGACGAAUAAUAAUGCACCAGUGAGCUUUGCGCGUCCUCCGUUGGUUGUUGCAGUACCGUAUCAGUGGACCAGUAUGGCAUCGCGCUGCAAUUGGCUCUUGCGGCCGCACGGUGCUACAUGGAAGUUCUGUUCCUCUCAAUGUUGGCACAGCCCUUAGGCCGUGAUAUGCGAACGGCCAUU